AUGCAAGAUUUAGGAAUAUUUUUGAGUGUUUCCGCUUUCAUCUUCGUUUUCUACUUUGGCGCUCAUAGAACAGUCAUGAACAGAAACAAGAGCGAUGUGCCCUACUUGCAAUGA